UGUGCAGUAUAAUCAGCGCGUGGAGAACUGUUACAGAGUGAAAAGUGUCCAGAAUUUCUUGUGGUAAUUGUCUCCACAGCUAUUGUCACGCCAGACUUGCAGACUGAGAGAUGUCUCACCUGUCCUUAGAAGAACGGCGCCUCUACAGCGACAUCUUUUUGCAGAUGGACAUCGAUGGUAACGGCUACCUAACAAGAGCUGAAAUGCUCAGCCCAUUCUGCCUGAAGGUGAUGGGACUGACAGAGCGGGACACGGCCGCCAUUGAGCUCAUUUUCAACCAAAUGGACAUAAAUGAGGACGGGAAGGUGACUCUUGAUGAAUUUUUCAACAUCUGCAAGAAUAUGCCCCCAGAGAUUGUCAGACUGUCUGCCAUCAGACGAUCGUUUCAAAAAAUCGACAUGAACCUUGACGGCAAGAUCACAGAGGAGGAACUGUUCCUGUUCCUAAAGGAGACCGGCACAGAGGUCACGCCUGGGGACGUCCACAGCAUUUUUCUCAAGCUGGACAAGGAUGGCGACGGCAAACUCAGCCCCAGAGAAUUCGUGGACUUGUUCUAGAAGACAGCUGUCGGUGUCUACCCUGUCCUUCGCAGCCCGACCUGUUCUGUAGUCACGUGUAGCAAGUCUUUUUAUGACACCGUGAAACGGCUUCUAUCCAUAUAAUUACAGUAAACAACCUUCUGUCGCUCACUAUAUUUCAAGCUCCGUCUUAUUCUCUGUCUUUGGAAAUUUUUGAAAAAUCUACAUUGAAGAAUUAAGCAGAGACUGAACCUACUUGCGCCAAUUUAUGUGGCGAUAGUUUCUUGCAACUUGUUUAUUAAAAACAAAAACUAGUCUACGGAUACAGGGAGAUCCAGGCAGACAUGGAGGAGAUCGGUCCACAGGAGGGGGAUGCAGCUGGCAUGACAUAGUACCAACUGGGAAGUUACUCACAGAACUGGGUCCAUUGGAGGGUGUAGUUGCGGCCCUAUACUCCACUGGGGGUGAAAAGGAAUAAUCAUAAGAAGUUCUGUAUUUGUGUUUCAUUGAUGACAUAAUGACUGAUGAUCGAGAAGGGGACGCACUAUUUAACCCAACAUCACUCGACUCAGACACUCUGGAUAUUGAUUUACGCUCCUCCAUCCUUUACUUCUUCACUUCCUUCAUCACUCACUCAAAAACUGUGGUAGUAGUUCGGUCUUAUUGAAUUUGUAGGUUUGUCUCUGUCUACAUAUUCCUUAUUUAUAGUGAUUUAGCCUUAGUCGCUGGCACGUCGUAAAAGUCAAGCAACCAACCAAAUGUGUUCAUAUCUGUGCAGUUAAACAUGACUUGCAUUGAUUUGUAUAAUGGAUAAACUUCUAUACUUUGAAAUCUUAACACAUGCUUACAAUUUUGUGAUGUGUUCAUCUACCGCACUUGACAAUUAGCUACACAAUGAUAUGUCCCUCGCAAGAACCCCGUGAACUGAAAUGAGAAAGACUUCGACUUGCCCACUCAUUCCACAAAGAUCAACAGGAGGUCAAGUCGCCUUUGGCACAACUUUGAAGCAUGUGCCAAGAUUUCCACAUAUAUCAAAGUAGUAUUCUAUACAAAUGAAUGCAUUUUAUAUUUAACAGUUACCUGUUUAUUACAUGUUUCAUUUUCCCUAUAAUAAAAAUUGCACAAUU